UUGAAUUGAAAGACUCUGAAGUGGGGGAAGGCCUUUUUGCCACUCCUUCUCCCUCUGCACACUCACAUACACAAGUUUCUUGAAGGGCUGCCAUUUUCCAUCAAGGAAGUAUGAUUCGGAAUUUGCAGGACUGCAAAAAGGAAAUUGUCCUGUGGUCUCUGCUCAUGCAUUUGUUUACAGACUGAAAGACUAAUCCAUGACUCAGCGAAGAGAAGACAGAGGACAACUGCACAGUAACGAAGGUUAAUCCUACACAUCUAUACCUCACCUGAGUCUGGUGUAUCUGUCUGUCUUUCAGCGAGAGAUGGCCAAGGGGAAAGCAAAAGGGAAAAAGAUCACCUUGAAAAUUGCCAAAAAUUCCAUCCGGAUAGCUCCUGACGGAGCGCGUCGUCUUGACUUAAGCAAGAUGGGUAUUACCACCUUCCCCAACUGCAUUCUAAAACUGGCUGAUGUGGAGGAACUUGAUUUGAGCAGAAACAUGUUAAAAAAAAUUCCAAACAGCAUCCAGAAGUUCGAGAAACUGCGCUGGCUGGACCUGCAUAGUAAUCAGCUUGAGGACUUGCCCAAGGCAAUAGGUACGCUUCAGAACCUCUUCUACCUGAACAUAUCCAACAACAAGCUGACCACCAAAAAUCUGCCAGAGGAGUUGAACCUUCUCAAGAACCUGCAUAUUCUCAACCUUGGCUUGAACUGUCUUGACAGUAUUCCCACCAGCCUUGGGGCCUUGAAGGAACUUCAGGAGAUAGGUCUCUUUGACAAUUCCUUGACCACCAUCCCAAACAGUGUGAAAAAUCUUCCCAAGCUCAAAAAACUGAAUGCAGACAGAAAUCCUUUUCUAGAUUCAAUAGAGCAAGAAGAGUAUGCUGACUCCAUUAAACGCGUAGAAACUCUUUACUUAGUACAAGAGAAAGACCUGUGCUCUUCCUGCCUGAAGGUGUGUCAGGGUGAGAAGGACAAGCUGAAUAAGCUACACAGUGAGACACCUAGCUCUUCAAAGAAUCUAAGUUUCCCUUUACUCCUUACACCCAAUUCCACUGCAAGGGAUAACCAAGAAGAAUGGAGAGUAAAAGACACACAUCCUUGAAAUAUGCCAAGGUACUCCACAGACCAUGUCCCAUGGAGUCCAGCCCAAGCUAAUAAAAAGCUGACCCUCCUCCC